AGCCACCACCUAUGCGACAGUACAGGAGGUAGAGUAUAAAAGCUGAACAACAUGUCUGAACAACUCUUCAAGUCUUUUGCUAUCAUCGGCGCGGGCCCCAACACCGGCAUCCAUAUCGUAAAGGCCUUCCUUGCUAUUGGCAAACCACUUCUCGUCAUCGCCCGCCCAACCUCCACGAACGUCGCUGCCCUCCCCACCGACGAUCCUAACCUAAAGCUUGUACGCGCAGACUACACAUCUGCAUCUGAGAUCUCCACAGUGCUCCGCGAGCACAAAGUAGACGUCCUCAUCUCGACCGUCACACUCGUUUUCGGAGGCGUAGUCGGCCAGAACAUUCUCGCCGACGCUGCCAAGGAAGCAGGCGUGAGGCUCUUUGUCCCCAGCGAAUUCGGUAUCAAACCGCAAUUGGCCAAAGGCGGUUUAGCUUUCCAAAAGACUGACUUUGCAGCUUAUGCAAAAUCAAUCGGACUCCCAACUCUCCGCGUCUUCAAUGGAUUGUUCUACGAAUUCGUACCCUGGCUCACUGCGCUCGCCGACACCGGCAAGUUCCACAUCGUGAACAAGGGAGAAACGAAAGGGUCCUUCACUGCAGUAUCAGACGUCGCAGGAUACGUCGCUCACAUCCUUACUACUCAACCUCCAUCUCGUCUACUUGACGCCGAAAUUCAAAUCGAGGGACAACGCGCAACGCUCUCAGAGAUCGGUGCAUUGUAUAAAGCCAGUGCACCUGUGGUAUAUUGCGAUGCCCUUCCUACGGAAGGUGUGGUGAACGCGCACUUCAGGACGUUCUUCCAGAAGCAUAUUGGGGUCGGGGGAGGAAGUUGUGGGUGGAACCCAGUGACGGAGUCGGACGACCCGGAAUCGGCUAGCAGGGACAACUCCUUGUGGGAAGGGCACCACUGGUUGACUGUUGGGGAGACCCUUGGACUUUAAUUGGAUCCACGUAGAAUUUCCGGACUCGUAGCAUGGGACUCCGUAGCUUACUCCCAGCAUUAAUGUUUUCCUACCAGCAGUUAACUUAUCACUAGAUCAUGCACGAAUGAAGAUA